AUGAUCAUGCAAAUUUCCGACUGUAUAGGUGGACCAAAACGUUAUACUCGGCUCUUCCUCAUUGUCGUUCCUGGAAAUCCUUAUUUCGUACAUCGAGUCUGCAUCGCAGAUGCUUCCAAUACAACCACUCUAGCAGCAGGAUGCAAUGCAGAUAAUUGUUAUCGUGCAGUUAGUGGAGACUUUCGUGGCCCCUUUCAGCAAGGUGUGGCAUAUAAUGAUUGUGUCAAUUACAUGGAGAACUUCUGCACAGUAGAUAUUAUCAAUAUUACUGUUACCUCCACCAUCUUGACAACAAUUACCGAAGUAUCGACUGUUGGGAAGAGAUCGGUGGCAACAACCGCCUUUUCACUUCCAUCAUAUGCUAGUGCUUGCUCUGACGAAGCUCGUUAUUCGAGUGCUUGUUCAUGUUGGGGUAUUUUGCCUGAUACCACCACCGAGACUGUACCUACUUACACCACCUUCACCACCUCCACUGUUACCACCGGACUUCCUCCAGUCUGCCCCACAGGCAAAGCCCUCAUGAAAGACUCCCUCAACUGCGGUUCAUGCGGUUACGUCUGCGAUACCGGCUACUGCGAACACGGCACCUGCAACACUACCCCAUGUACCCCCACCAAAUGUGAAGAAGGCAUCAAACCCUGCGUUGUCGAUUCCACCUGUUUCUGUUUCAAUACUUUCACCGGACUAGGUUUCUGUGGUGAAAACAUUGGAUGUGCCGAGGCCAAAGAUUGUUAUGAUGAUGGGGAUUGUCCAAAUGCGUAUGUUUGUGCGUGGGAUACCUGUUGUGGAAACAAUGUGUGUGUGCUUGGAAAUUGUCCGAAUCCAGCAGCGAAGUUGACGAGAAUGGUGCAGAGGAAGAGGGAUGCGCUGGUGGGGGAUACAGCGGCUUAUAUGGCGAGUUGA